AUGGAUUCGCGCUCGACGAGAUAUCGUUCUCUGGACGCCAAAGGUGCUGAACCCCCACCGAAAACCAGGGAACGGCACAACUCGGCUCCCACCGUUGAUCGUCGGAAAGAACAACACCAAAGGCGUCCAUCAGCCGUUACCAAGCAUCCGGACUCCAGCCACAGAAGCACAAAAUCCCAUGGUCGAGUAGAAUCCCUUACGGCUCCAGACCGUAAGACGAACACCCGACACUCGGAUCGACAUCAGGGCCCAGAGUGUACUCUUGAAGCAAAGCUGUCGGCCAAGACAAGUGACUUUGAGUCAAGCUCCUCUGUGAACUUAUUGGUUCUCGGAUCACGCAACUCCGGAAAGUCGACCUUCAUUCGCAACGCCGUCGGCAGCCAACGGUCUCGGACUUCGACCCAAGUUGUCAUCAAGGAUAAGUACUAUCGCGUCCAACUUAUCGAGCUGCUGUUCGACGAUGUCGAUUUCAGUAGCGAGCGGCGAAUCGAAUGGCCCGCGUACGUGAACGGUGUCCCGUUGUCGGAAGUCGACGGCGUCUUCUGUCUGUACGACGUCGCUGACAAAGAAAGCGUUGCCGACGUUCCUGCCGCUCUGACCUCCAUGACCAACACCGGUGUACCUUGCAUGCUCGUUGCUGCCAAAUGCGAUGUGAAUGAAAAGGCUCGUCAAGUCAGUGCUCGAUUUCAUGAACAAGUCCGUCGCACGCUGGCCAAGGUUGCCAUCGCCGAAGUCUCAUCCAAUUCGUCGGAGAACACCAAGCAGUGUUUUCUUGCCAUGGUACACCGAGUCAUUGCUUCUCCACGAGCGUCGAUCCGAGCAAGCAAGUCUUCGUACAGCUCAAUGGAAUCGUCCAGCAGCCAGCGUGUCAUUUCACGAGAACCAUCACCGAGGGCAAGUCGAAGCCGGAGCCGGUCGAACCAACGCCUGCAAGUGUCCAAGUCAAAAGAGCUCUUACUGAAUCUCUCCGUUCGCCAAACACUCGUCGAGUCUGAGAACGAAGAAAGCGGAUCCUCAGCACCGGAGGAUGAGGCUACUCCUCCGCCGAGAACGCCACUACGACUGGACACAGCUGCUGCCUCUCAACAACAACGUCGACAUGGAGGGCCUCAGACACCUGUGUCCUCAGGUGACUAUACCAACAAGCUAAUAUCACCAGAAACCACCAUGACGGCGGUACCCGAAACGCCUGAUUCCUACUAUGUCAAGUCAAUGCUUCGCCCUGAUUCGACCUCCACCGUGGACAGCCGGGUGAAUCAGACAUUUCUUGACAUGGAUGACGAUUCUCACAAUCUGUCACCAAAAACAGAAAUGGAGACACUGGGACCGCUGUUGAACGGUCUGAAGAUGGGCCAAGACAUGAAGUCGGAGCCCGGAGUGCCCUUCCAGGAGCUCGUUGACAAGCUGCUACUGCUGCCCGCAAGCAAGACCGAUUCAAAGUUUGUUCCUUCUUUCUUAUGCUUAUACCGGUCUUUCGCCACCCCUCUGAGGCUUCUGACUGCAAUCAUCGAUCAGUUCAUGAAGGUCGAAAGCAGCAAGAUGGUCCACUUCACAAAAGUGGCCGAGAUGCUGCGCUAUCUUCAAGUGCUGGCUCAAUGGACCGCCACUUACCCCGGAGACUUUGCUCCUGGCCCUGCACGUGAUUUUGCCAUCCCAUUUGUGCAAAGUAUCGAGAAGAGCAAGGUGUUCGCACCCGCGGCGCGAGAGAUCAGUAACAAUCUGGACACCAUCGUUCCAGACGAAGAUUUGGAUUGGGCAUUUGACGAUUCCCCAUCUCCACUGAGCAAAAGGAGUGGUACCGGCAGUCAUCCGAAUACCUCAUCGUCAUCGUCGUCUUUGCCGCAACUAAGCACGGAGAAGGCCAGAGCAUCAAAUCACAAAGCACGACAUGAAGCUGACGACAGCGACGAUGAAGACAGUGCAAAUUCAUCCGGCCGUGGAUCUAACACUCCUUCGAUGUCGUCGAGCAUGGUCAGGCCAAACAAUACUUCCAGCCAGUCGUAUGCAAAUUACAUGCAGUUGGAGAGUGCUAAAAUGGAAGCUGAAAGAUUCAAACCAAUCCCUCGCAUUCGUUUGAGCAAGCUCCAGUGGCAUCAGUACAUGGAGACACCCAUUGAUGAAAUGGCAAGGGAAAUUACCAGGAUCGACUGGACCAUGUACUCGGCAAUACGGCCUCGAGAUUUCGUUCGGCACGUCUCGCUGUCAACAUCGCAGAGGCGACAGUCCCGUGCUGUUGACAACAUCGGUGCUAUGGUCAAGAACUUUAACCACCUUGCAUUGUUCGUUUCUGGCAUGAUACUUUUCCGUGAUAAGCCAAAGCAUCGGGCGAGAGCCUUGGAGAAAUUCAUGGCGUUGGCCUGGAAAGUGCGACAACUGAACAAUUACAACUCACUUGGGGCGAUUGUGGCGGGAAUCACUGGCCAUGAGAUCGCUCGUCUGACUGCCACUCGAGAUCUCACACCGCCAGAGGUCCAGAAGCAAUUUUUGCGGCUGACUAUCUUGAUGGGGAUAUCGAGGUCUCACGCCGCAUACCGCAUGGCCUGGGAUAAUUCUCCUGGAGAGCGAAUCCCGUUUCUUCCGCUCGUGCGACAAGAUCUCACAAUGGCGGCUUCGGCAAACCAAACGUUCAUUGGCACGAACAUCAACUGGAAAAAGUUUGAGAUCAUGGGAGAUGUCAUUGUCGGCAUUCAGCGGAGCCAGGAGAACCCUUAUAAUUUUCCGCCUCGGUCAGUCCGAUCCGACGAAAUCACCAAAUUGAUCUUGGAGACCAAAAUCCUAGAGGAGUCGGAGGAUUCUGCCGACCCACGAAGUGAAUUAUAUGACCGGAGUGUGCAGAUUGAACCGCAGCAGACUGGGGCUGAUCCCAGGAAAAAGUUCGAUUGGUUACGGCGUUAG